AUGGCUUCUGCUGUUGUUGCUGCCACAGUGCCGUUGGUCCCUUUGAGAAUGGUCCUGGAUGGCACAAAGAACUCGUCGCCUGAGCAAGAUCAGCAAGAUCAACAGCCUGCCAACUUCACUGAGGGUCCAUUGUUCGAAGGGGGUUCAGAUAUCGCUGAUGCAACAAGCAUCAGUAGAGAUUCAGAUGCAUGUCAAUGUUCAGAAUCAGAUACAAGCAUGGGCAUCCCCACAUGUAUCACCCUAUCAUCACUCCCAAUUAUGCCUUCGGCUCAUCCUAAUCUUGAUGCUUUCAAGACAGAAUACCACCCACACAGUGGCCGUGCGACUUCUGUAGAGUCAUUCUCAACUUUUGGACACAAGGAGCAUCAGCUGCCACCUAUCGUUGACAACAAACCCUGGCAGCCUUUUGCUUGUCGUGCAGACUUUGAGUUCACCGAACUUGCACACCAGGCUGCCUUGAACAAGAGUCAAACAGAUGAGCUGUUGCGGCUCAUCUGGAGAAUCGCUGAUGGCCAAGUGAAAUUCAUGUUCAAGUCCCAUGGCAAUGUUUCAAAAGCCUGGGACAGGGCUGCCAGUCAAAUGUCACCUUUCAAGAAGCACACCAUUACUGUUGAGCACAAGCAGGAGGACCUCGAGUACAAUAUAAGCUCUACUGAUAACACUUCCACUUAUCUGACUCGAUCAUCUGAUGAGAUGAAAGCUUUGGUGGAGCUAUGGACUAGGGACCGUGUAGCUGGAGAAAGUGCACUCAAAAAACAGGGCCUACGGCCUAUUAAGAACAUCUUCUGGAAAGUCCCAAACUCUGAUCCUCAUGACAUGAUUUCGCAGGACCAUUUGCAUGUAUAUCAUAUGGGUCAGUGGAAACAUCUCUUCAGCAUGCUCAAACAACACAUUGCAGCCCUUGGACGCAGCGCCAAGAAGAAACUGGACAAUCACAAUGGUAACAAACUUCAGGAUAUCUCCAAGCAAGUCUUGUAUGCCACACAGAACAUACUCACAUGUGCAGCGGAUGAAGCCGGCUAUGCACUACUAUGGUGUAUAGCGAGCUACCUACAUAUCGACAUGUAUAUUUCACUUGACAUGCAGACUGAAAGCACGAUUGCUGCAGGAAGGGCAGAGGUGUUAGAGUUUCAGAAGCACUUAGAGGACUACAUUGAAAUUGUCAAGGAGACUGAUCUGGACACAAUCAAGAACUGGAACUUUCCAAAGAUUCACUCUGGAAAGCAUAUAUUCGAUGACAUCAUGGCAAAAGUCGUAUUGAGUGCCUUGAUGAGGAACAACUGCAAUCUCAUGCUUACACAGGAAGAACUGGAGGACAUGGACUUGGAUGAUGAGAAAUGUGAAGAACAUUUUCAUAUUGGUUCACCCCUCAAGAAUCAAACAACCCUUUCGCAAGUGGAGGAAGAAAACAAGUCCAUUCAUGCCUUUCACCAGUUCCAGAAGAAACUUGCAACAUUUCUCAACAAUUUCCUUCCCUCUCACAACAUACCGCUGCCAGAAGGAACAACAUGGUUGAAACUUUCAGCACAAGACCAGUUCAUUGACAUUACCUAUCUCUUUACUUGUCCAGAGUACCCUCCUUCCUCUUCCAACUCCCAAGUAAAGCUUCCUCAUUUCAUCGCAUAUGCGCUCAGCUCAUUACACAUUUUUGCUUGUCCAGAGUACCCUCCUUCCUCUUCUAACUCUCAACUGCUCAAAGCACGCUUCCCCACUGCUUGGGGAUCUUUGGGUCACCGUCUUUUCAUAUCUGCUUUCAUGCUUGCAUCAAAGGUCAUCUGUGACAACACUUACUCCAACAAAUCCUGGAGUAUUGUAGCCGUGGAUCCAGUAAUGCUCACCGUCUUUUCAGUAUCUGCUUUCAUACUCAUCCAAGACAACCCCUCCACCUACCACAAAUCCCUUCCCGCCUCCUCCAGCUGCAUUGGCCCCCAUGCCUUCAUAUGGCCAUUGGUAUCUGCCCACACUGAACCGCUUUACAGCCAUUAA